UUUCGUGUUAUUGUGCGAAAGUUUGUUCGGUUCGACGAAUUUCUGAGCUUUUUCAAUCACGUGCAUUUAUAGGAAUAUUUUGGUAACAACAAGAUGAGCAAGUCUACGGGCAAUGCGCCGCCGUUCACAUACGUUCCACCGCCAUCGGCGCCCCCAUCCUAUCUGGAGGCCGUUGGCGGAGUGAAGCCAGUAGGUCCAUACACGCCAGUUUUAGCGCCUGCUACCGCCGGGGGUACAAAUAUACUGACGACAGUUGUGCCCAUUGGACGGACUUCCACACACAUGAUAUGCCCCUCAUGCCAUGCGGAGAUUGAGUCGACAACACGCACAGAGCCGGGCAUGAUUGCCUAUUUGUCUGGUUUUGUAAUUGCAUUGCUUGGUUGCUGGCUGGGCUGCUGCUUGAUACCUUGUUGCAUUGAUGACUGCAUGGACGUUCACCACACGUGCCCCAACUGCAAGGCAUAUUUGGGACGUUAUCGGCGAUAAAUUUCUGCAACUUCUACUGCUGCUUUGCACACAAACA